GUCACGUGACUUCUUAUGUCGCAAACUGCCAGCAGAGCUGUGGCUUUUUUUUUUUUUUUUUUAAAUUAUAAAAAAUCUCAGGUUCGCUUAUCGUUAUAUGCGUGCUGAUACUCAUAUAAUAUCAGAAAUAAUGCGCCGGCUUGGGUCAGUUCAACAGAAGAUACCAUGCGUUUUCAUGACGGAGGUGAGAGAGGAACCAUCUUCAAAACGCCGUUUUCAGCACUUCCAGGUCGUGGCCUCGGAGGAACUGAGCCCACGCGCUCUGGAAUCGAGACUGGAAAGUGCCGUGGCCACGGAGAAACUGGACGGCACCUGCUGCUAUGUGUCCGUGUUCAAAGGCAAACCGUAUCUUUGGGCUCGUCUUGACAGGAAACCCAAUAAACAGGCAGACAAGAGGUUCAAGAAGUUUCAGCUCUCCCAGAAAAGCCUUUCAGAAUUCGCUUGGAAUGUUGAGGAAGACUUCAGAAGUGUUCCAGACUCCUGGAUUCCAGCCCAUGGCGUUCAACACCAAAACAGACAACCGGUGCCUGAUGAAAACGGACACAUUCUAGGUUGGGUUCCCGUGGAGAACAACAACAAGCAGUAUUGCUGGCAUGCUUCGGCGGUGAAUUAUGAAGCUGGGACUGCUCUUGUGUUGAAGCCCCAUGCAGACAAUAGGGAGCUGCUCGAGAUAUCUGCUGUUCCCCUGGUAGAGCUGCUGGAGCAAACUCUCGAACUUAUAGGAACAAAUAUCAGUGGGAACCCUUACGGACUGGGAAGCAAAAAAUCGCCCAUCCACCUCCUUGUUCCACAUGGAAGUGUACCUGUGAGAAAUACUCCCUCUGUGAACUACGAGCAGCUGAAAAAGUGGUUUCAGGAGAGUGAAGAGGGGAAAGUGGAGGGCAUCAUUUGGCACUGUAUCAACGGGACUCUGCUGAAGCUUCAUCGUCACCACCUGGGAUUGAAAUGGCCUGACGGGGAUACUUUCUUAAGCAGGAGGCCUGUAGCUGUCAGCUUUGACUGGACCGUUUAUGACUUUGAAGUUCAGCCCAACGAUUUGUUUGCUGCAUUUUCAAAAUUGGCUGGACAGAGGUUUGAACAUAUUCAGGAUAUACAGAUGGAGACAUGAACAGAAAACUUGACUUGAAGACUUUAAAAGCAUUCCUCAUUAUGUUUCAUUUGCAAAGUUGUCAUGGCUGUGAGGCCACUUGUAUUAUGAAGUGUUUCUUCUCCAGAAACUGGUGAAAAUAAUCAGUGGGAAAUAGACAAGAACUGAUCAGCACAAACACUUACCAAAGGGUAUCUUCAGUGUAAAAAAAGAAAAAGUAUAUUAAUGUUUUCCUGUUUUGAUGGGUUGCACUUCAAGGCUCACGUUCAAAUAUUUACAGAUCUCUGAAAUAAGAUGAAACUGUUAAAGGGGAGGAAAAUGGUUUAGCAUUUAUAGGCAAUUGUUUCAUUACCCUGCAUGGUCUAUGUAUAGUAAUGCCAAUGAUAGACACCCUUUGAACCCGAAUGAUGGUUUUCCUGGUUUCCGUGAAAAAUGCCCUGAAUAAACGGUUAAGGAAA